AUGGAUCGAUUCAUCUUCCAACCGAAUGCACUAGAAUACCUACAACGACCACAACCUCCCAUCGAAGAAAUCUUAUCGUCUCCGAUCGUAUUAUCUGAUCGAAUCCUUCGUGCCGUUAAUGAGUCAAAAUCACACAAACUCGAUUGCAGCGACGUCGGUAAAAAGGUUCAUCAGCUGUCUGAGAUGCUCCGGUCCACAGUUCGAUUUGCCAACUCCACUCCUUCCUUCUAUGAAUCUCCAGUACGCCGCAUCUUUUCCGACAUUGCCAUAAACCUAAACCGUACGCUAACCUUAGUCCGGAGGUGCCGCCACCGUAGUAUCUUCCGCCGCUUCGUUACCUUUGUUGGUAUUACGGAUUUUCGGAAGCUAUUCAACCUUCUCGACAUGUCGAUCGGCGACAUGAAGUGGUUGCUCAGUAUAUUUGAUCGCGGUGGGGAAGUUGCACAUGAAUUAGCUUCAUUAGCCCACGAUAGUAAUCGAAACAAGGAUAUCAUAGUAGAAGAAGGUGGCAUUUCGCCAUUGCUAAAGCUUUUAAAAGAGGAAUCAUCUCCUGAUGCCCAAAUUGCAGGCGCCAUGGCACUUUUUAGCUUAGCUGAUAAUCAAAACAGGGCUAGGUUAAUUUUCAACGAACAUGGCGUCCCGAUUAUAGUACACGCUUUCCGAAAUUCCCGAAUAGGGGUUCAAAUUGAGAUUGCGAAACUGAUAGCAACAAUGGCAGAACAUGAUACGUUUUCACAAGAGGGUUUUGCAAGAGAAAAUCUUAUUGGAACACUUGUUACAUUAUUGUCAUUUGAUUUUAACAAUCAAAUGAAGAAAAGAAGCAAAAACGUGACACCACAGUUGAUACUUGAAUUCAAGACUAACUGUUCUGGAGCUCUAUGGAUGCUUGCAAAAGGUAGUGUCACGAACUGUAGGAAAAUAACAGAAGCUAAAGGGCUUCUUUGUUUGACUAAGCUUAUUGAGAGAGAAAAAGGGGAACUUCAGAUCAAUUGUUUGAUGGCUAUAAUGGAAAUCACAGCUUCAGCUGAGUACAAUCCUGAUCUUAGAAGAUCAGCCUUCAAGAGUACUAAUAAUUCUCCAAUAGUGGAUCAACUUCUUAGACUGAUUAAUCAAUCGGAUAACCCUGUAAUCAAGAUUCCAGCCAUUAGGACAAUCGGUCAUCUGGCUAGGACUUUCCCUGCUAGACAAACUCAGGUGAUUGGUCCUUUGGUCAAACAACUCAGUAAUAGGAAUCCGGAUGUGGGAAUGGAAUCAGUGAUUGCGCUUGGGAAAUUUACAUGUCCAGAGAACUUUCUACAUUCAGAACACUCAAAGACUAUAUUUGAGUUUGAAGGAGUCCAACCACUUAUGAGAUUGUUAAGGGGGAGUGAGAGUGAGAAGACACAGUAUCAUGCUUUAGUCCUUCUGUGUCACCUUGCCAUGUAUGAUGGACACAUUGAGCCAUUUGAACAAGCAAGACUUCUGACAACUCUACAAGGGGCAAAUAAGUCUUUUGCUUGUAAUUAUUCUGAGUUGCGUGAAUUGGUUGCUAAUGCUGGUUUGUUGCUUACUCAAAGACAAUCUUAUACACGUUGA